CACGAACACAAUUAGUAGUUGGAUCCACAAGAUUGAGGUAUUGAAUAUUGCGCAUCUUUACUCUUUUUUUGACAGAUAUCUGAGAAAAUUUGAAGUUGCAAUCUUUGUUUUUCUCCCAACAAGGACACAAGGAACGACCGAAUGAAACUGUUUGGGUGUGGGCGAAGGCGCAGGUGGUUUGGUACAGCACUCGCACUGGGUAUUGCAGUGUUUCUACUGUACUACAGUAUGUAUAAUAAGGUACAUUAUAAACUUACAUCAAACGUUUUGAGAUUUGUCAACGGAACAGACUUUUUGACCGCCUCUUACCAUUCUACUGAACAAUUCUUAUUUCUUCCUAGGACCUACAAUGGAUGAGCCAACAGAGGAUGAAAAUGCAAUGGUUUCCGGCAAAAUUUUCCUAUGAGUUACCUUCAUUUCGAAAUAGCUGGAAUGAUUCGACUGUAACUGUGAACCGGGUGUGGAAAAUGACUAAACCGGUGCUAAAAACGACCAAACCGUUUUCUCCGGUGUUAAAAAGGUCCAAAUCAUUUCCACCGGUGUUACAAACGACCAAACCGUUUUCUCCAGUGUUACAAAAAAAGACCAAACCAUUUUCUGCUGAGGUUUAUUUGCAACAGCUCAAGUUUUCCUUGGCUUCUGAGUCUGGUAGGCAAUAUUCUGUCGGAGAUACGUUACAUAUUGCCAUUUUUGCCAAAGAUACAAAAAAUAACAUAGUUACAAACAUUGGCGAUUUCUUUCGUGCGUCCAUCCUUACCAAAGUGAAAGGGAAGGCAGGUUCUGGUGCAGUCGGUAUCAUAACGGACCACCAGAACGGUACUUACACGGCGACGUUCCGACUGUUGUGGGAGGGGGAGGUCACCAUCAAAAUCCAAUUGGUCCUGACAAAACAGUCUAUCGAUGUCAGGGAAAGAAAUAUCCCUAAGUACCCUAUGCACGUAAUGUUCCUUAAACGUUACAUAGUAGGAAAUGACACGAUUGACACCGAGUGUAACGUAGACCCGGAUAUCUUAAAGACCACCAGUGCAGUUUGUAACUACUCGGACCCGCAUGCAGGCGCCUGGUGGUAUUGUGAGAAACCCGCCAACAUUCCUUGUGACAAACCAGGAGACUAUGGCAUCAGGUACAAGCGGGUGUAUGGUGGGAAUCUGCAUGGCAGGGGCGACGAAGUGCAUGAAAUUUCUGGAUCUCCAUCUCAAAUCUAUGUUAAAAAAGGGCGAGAUCCUUUGGCCAAUCGCAGACGGUGUGUCCAGGGACUGGCCACUCCACAGAUAUCUGGGUUCUAUCGGAACGGCGUGUGGAACUCUCUCGUCUGUAAGAACAGACAUUUCUCCAGCCGGGUCGACUGGCAGCAAUGCCUGAAGGGGAAAACUUUGUAUUUCAUGGGUGACUCUACCAUUCGGCAGUGGUGGGAACAUUUGGUCAGAAUCAUGAAUAUGACCGAAACACAUAUUCCUGAUGCCAUAUCCAAAACUGGACCAUUGCUCGCCCGAGAUACUGUUAAUAACAUAACGCUGAACUAUCGUACACACGGACCGCCUCGUCUUUGUCCUUUCACUCGGACGUUCCUCAUCAAGUAUGUCGCUAACACCAUCGAUGAAACUGCAGGAGGACCGAACGAUGUGGUUGGCAUCACCAUAUGGGCACAUUUCAACUCGUACCCUAGGGAAGUCUACAGGAAAAGAAUGGAAGCCGUCCGUGUUGCAAUAGAACGUUUACUGCACAGGAGUCCUGAAACUCUGGUGGUCAUCAAGUCGGCAAACACGAAUACGCCGGUUUCCGCGAGUUGGAGGGUGUACAAGCUGGACUUGAUAAUGAGAGAAAUGUUCCGCGGGAUGAACGUUGUUCUUGUAGAUGCUUGGGAAAUGACCAGUGCACAGCACUGGCAUGUGGAAGCCAUUCAUCCGGAAGAGGACAUCAUCGUACAAGAACUAGAGUUCCUUUGUUCUUUUAUUUGCCCCUUGUAAAUCUAGAAUUUGC